UUGAAACAGUUCUCAAAGUCGCGCGGUGCAAAAAUGUUAAUCUAACUGCAAAUACAAUUCAAAUAUUUAAAAAUGAAUAAAUUAAUAAUAAUUUCCAUGUGCUAUUUUGUGAUAUUCAUUAAUAAUAAACAAAUAUUUGUACAAAGUGAGUUAAUAGACAUUACAAUUGAUGAAAACGCAGAAGUUGCCAAUAUUUCCGCUUACAUGCGACAAUGGGCAUCCAGUUUAAGUCAAGAACUCGCAACACUUUCAAAAUUAGCGCGACGAGAAAAAGUUGAAAAAAGCUUUGAAAAUUACGCAAUUUACGACGAAAAAUGGGACAACAUCGUCGAGGAAGUUGCAACCAAUAUCCGCGUGAUGAUGGCUGAAAUCAAAGCAGUACAAGCAAUCAAACAACAUGCUGAACUUUUAUCAUUGUAUCGCAAAGAAAACAUCACCAGACAUUCAUCCUACGAUUAUUAUGAUGCAAAUAAUUUAACAAAAACCGAAGAUGUAGAAGAUCGCAGUGAAGAUAUUGAAGAAGCGGAGAAAAUUUGGAAAUGUUCAAUUCCUACCACAUUGAAUUACAGCACGGCAGACUUGUGUUUUGAUAACAGUUACACCUAUCAAAGUGAUGCUCCAUAUGCUUAUGCAUCAACAGAAUACGACGCAUUUAAUUACCGCAAAACUAGUCAAUCAAACAGUUUUCUUGGACGGUGCGACAAAAUCGCAUUUCUAUAUCGUCCGAAAGAUUAUUAUCGCGAUAUGAACUUAAAGGAUCACCCACAAUUUGAAACUGCAGUUAAUUUAAACUAUAGCAUUGUCCGGGUAACACCCAGUGUGUACAACAGAGAUGAUGAAUUGUUAAACGAAAUCCGUUGGUCCGAGGCACUAGAUCUAACAUUCAAAUGUAACUUUCGUAGGGAUCCAACACUUACCUAUCAAUAUUUCGGCAGCCCCAAAGGAUUCAUGCGAUUUUACCCAGCGACUCAAUGGUCAUCUGAAACAUACGAUGAUUCAAUAGAUUUCCGCAUACGUUCAUGGUACAUAGAAGCAAUGUCAUCUGCAAAAGAUAUUAUCAUCUUAUUAGAUCGUUCUGGAUCUAUGCUGAGCAAUUCCAGACGUAGCACAGCUAAUGAAAUAGUUAACUCAAUCUUGGACACUCUUACAGAUAAUGAUUACGUUAAUAUUUACACGUUUACUAAUUCAACAGAGUCUUUAGUCGAUUGUUUUAAUGAUACAUUGGUUCAGGCUAAUGAAGAAAAUCUCCGAUUGCUCCGUGAGCAACUGCAUAAAAUCAAAGACGAGUUUUACAGUGAUAUUUCUCUAGGUCUUGAGAAAGCGUUUCCUAUUUUAUGGAAAUACAGAUCAGCAAGACGCGGUGGCAUAGUGUGCAAUCAAGCAAUAAUGUUAAUUACAGAAGGAUUGGAUUAUGAUUACAGAGAUGUGCUCUUUAAGAUAUACAAUCAUAUUCCCAAUCAAGAUUACUAUCGACCUAUACGUGUUUUCACAUAUUUAUUGGGAACGGAAGCUAGGGAUGCUCAGAGAAUGAAGUGGAUUGCAUGUGCAAACAUGGGAUACUAUGUAAAUAUCAGCGUAGUUGAAGAAGUGAGAGAAAAAGUAAUCAAGUAUCUAGAAGUACUCUCCCGGCCCAUUAAUCUAAGUCCACAUAUACAACCAAAACCAGCAUGGACAGCACUCUAUGUUCAUUUAGCUGAUCGCCGGCUUUCGAAUUGGUUGUGGAAAAAGUACGAAGGUAAUAAGCAGAGAGACAAAUACAUUGAUUACGAAAAACAAUACAUAAAGAAGCAUGGGCUGCUGCUCAAUGAGAACCACACACAUUUUGCAAGUCAAACCUCACACCCGUAUGAAAAAUAUCUCAAGUUUCCUGACUAUCAGUAUUUGACGUCUGUGUCUCUGCCGGUUUUUGAUCUAAGAGCAAAUCAAACUACAUUACUAGGCGUUGCCGGAGUGGAUGUUCCUCUGGAUUUUUUAAAGCAGCUUGCAGAACCCCACAGAAUUGGUGUUAAUGGUUAUUCAUUUGUCAUUACAAAUAAUGGAUAUGUUUUGCAUCAUCCUGAUCACCUAACAGAGUUUGCUGAUCACGUUUUAAAACCAACAUUUAAUCGGGUAGACCUCACUGAAGUAGAAAUAUCCGACGACACUCAAGAACCCCGCAAUUUUGAUCAGAAUAUCAUUGAUCUCCGCCAUAAUAUUGUUUUGCAAAAGAAAGGCAAACGUACUUUAAGAAUACGCGCUCCUAUUGAUAAUAUGAAACGUGUGAUGCUCAGUCGUCGCCAUUACUACUACACCAAAAUAGAACCCUUCAGUAUGGCAAUUGCCCUUCCAGAUGGUUACGGCUUUCUCGUCUCACGUAUGGAAGUGAGCGCUGAUAAAAUGGAGCGCAUCCAACGUGACCUACGCAAAAGUAAAAACAAUGAUAACUGGCGCGUGCAUCCAAAAUGGCUUUACACUUGUAAUACUACAAGAGCAGAAAAGUCACCUGAGAAAGAAUUACGUCACUUUUUAAAUACUAAUACCACUAAUUGUAAAGAACAUGAUGUUGUGAAUGAUCUGCUUAAAGAUGUCUAUGUGACUGAAUGGUGGAACAACAAUACCGAACCCAUCUUUCAACAUGUUAAACGAAAAUCAAAUUACUACGAAGGAGUGAUUUUAACGUUUAUGGCAACACAUACAGGCCUAACAAGAUGGAAAGAUUUCCCAUCGAAGAAGUUAAGAGGCGUGAAGCACUUUUCUGAUAAACACAACAAGGCGACUGAUGAGAUUUAUUACCGGCGAGGUGCAGAAAUGAAUUAUAAUCUUGAACACAAAGAUAUGUUUAUAUUUUCUGUUCCUUUUGAAGAUUAUAAUGAGAAGCAAACUUUGAUUACGGCGAGUCACGUCGUUUUUCGUGAGAGAAAAGGUAAAAGAGCACCGAUUGCCGCCGUGGGUUAUCAAAUAUUACACAAAACCCUCAAUAGGAUCCUUCAAACUUUCACUUGUGAACAACCACCGUGUAAAAUCACCUGCGCGGGCCCUGAUGCCUGGAUUUGCUACGUUAUAGACAAUGACGGAUACAUAAUCCUAGCAAAUAACACCGAUAACGUUGGGAAAUCUAUCGCUGACGUUGACUACGCCCUGAUGAAAACUCUCGUGCGCGAUGAUGUGUUUAAAGAGAUUACAAUGUAUGACUACCAAGGUACUUGCUUUCCGGUUACAAGAUCUGAUAAACCUUUCUACGGUCCAACUUGGGAGGAAGUACAAAACAACGAUUUUCCUGGAAUAGACUGCUCCAAACCAAUCUGGGCGAUUAAAUGCAAAACUAUUGAGUUUUUACGCAUGCAAUUGAAUAAAACCACACCAACGCCGUGCGAUAUGGAGCACAAAAUGUAUAAUUAUAUGUUUCGUAAUUUAUCACAUUUGCAUCAACGGCAGAACCAUCGUGAUUGUCCAUGUCCGUAUAUUACCGAACCUAUUAAGGGUACAAAUCUAUUGUUACUGGCUUUGCACGAUAAAUGCUGCGAUCAAGAGUCUGCAGUACCUAAAAAUGAAUAUCCGAAGGAAAUCACCUAUAAUCUCACGCUGCCUUGUCAUAUAGCUGUUAAAAAUAAUUUCACAAAGAGGCAUUACACUAACUGCAUCACUAAUCAUCGUGCUGAAUAUAUGCUCAAUGAAGAUACGAAAUAUUGUGGCAGCGAGGGUAUUGUACCGAUUGCACCUUUGGAGUAAACAGGCGACGGAUGCAUAGCAUUUCCUGUUUUUAAGAUACGCUUUUUCCAUUGUUAUAACAAAUUCAAUUUAUGUAUGAUAAUGCUAUGAUUGAUCUAAAUAUACGUUACUACUAA